CGUCACUAGUUACCAGGGAAAGAAUGAGGGUGCUCAUGUGAUCCGUCACAUGACAGCAGAUCUACAGAAAGACGGAAUGGGACUCCGAGCCUGCCUCCUAGGGCUCCUUGCCCUCAUCCUCUCUGGCAGAUGCAGUUACAGCCCGGAGCCCGACCAACGGAGAACGCUUCCCCCAGGCUGGGUGUCCCUGGGCCGUGCGGACCCUGAGGAAGAGCUGAGUCUUACAUUUGCCCUGAGACAGCAGAACUUGGAGAGACUCUCGGAGCUGGUGCAGGCUGUGUCGGAUCCCAGCUCUCCUCACUAUGGAAAAUACCUAACCCUAGAGGAUGUGGCUGAGCUGGUCCAGCCAUCACCACUGACCCUCCGCACAGUCCAAAAAUGGCUCUUGGAAGCUGGAGCCCGGAACUGCCAUUCGGUGACCACACAGGACUUUCUGACUUGCUGGCUAAGUGUCCGACAGGCAGAGCUGCUGCUCUCUGGGGCUGAGUUUCAUCACUAUGUGGGAGGAGCUGCAGAGACCCAUGUUGUAAGGUCCCCACGUCCCUACCAGCUCCCACAGGCCUUGGCCCCCCACGUGGACUUCGUGGGAGGACUGCACCGUUUCCCUCCCAUGUCAUCCCUGAGGCAACGCCCUCAGCCACAGGUGGCAGGGACUGUUGGCCUGCAUCUGGGGGUGACCCCAUCUGUGAUCCGUAAGCGAUACAACUUGACAGCACAAGACGUGGGCUCUGGCACCAGCAAUAACAGCCAGGCCUGUGCCCAGUUCCUGGAGCAGUAUUUCCAUGGCUCAGACUUGGCCGAGUUCAUGCGCCUCUUUGGUGGCAAAUUUGUACACCAGGCAUCAGUAGCCCGUGUGAUUGGACAGCAGGGCCGGGGCAGGGCUGGAAUUGAGGCCAGUCUAGAUGUGCAGUACCUGAUGAGCGCUGGUGCCAACAUCUCCACCUGGGUCUACAGUAAUGCUGGCCGGCAUGAGGGGCAGGAGCCCUUCCUGCAGUGGCUCCUGCUGCUCAGUAAUGAGUCAGCCCUGCCACAUGUGCACACCGUGAGCUAUGGAGAUGACGAAGAUUCACUCAGCAGAGCCUACCUCCAGCGGGUCAACACUGAGUUCAUGAAGGCUGCCGCUCGGGGUCUCACCCUGCUCUUUGCCUCAGGUGACAGUGGGGCUGGGUGUUGGUCUGUCUCUGGAAGACACCAGUUCCGUCCUAGCUUCCCCGCCUCCAGCCCUUAUGUCACCACAGUGGGUGGUACAUCCUUCCAGAAUCCUUUCCUCAUCACAAAUGAGAUUGUUGACUAUAUCAGUGGUGGUGGCUUUAGCAAUGUGUUUCCACGGCCUUCAUACCAGGAGGAAGCUGUAGCCCAGUUCCUGAGCUCUAGUCCCCACCUUCCACCAUCCAGUUACUUCAAUGCUAGUGGCCGUGCCUACCCAGAUGUGGCUGCGCUCUCUGAUGGCUACUGGGUGGUCAGCAACAGUGUGCCCAUUCCAUGGGUGUCUGGCACCUCGGCCUCCACUCCAGUGUUUGGGGGACUGCUGUCCUUGAUAAAUGAACACAGAAUCCUCAGUGGCCGCCCCCCUCUUGGCUUUCUCAAUCCAAGGCUCUACCAGCAGCGUGGGGCAGGACUCUUUGAUGUAACCCAUGGCUGCCAUGAGUCCUGUCUAAAUGACGAGGUGGAGGGUCAGGGUUUCUGCUCUGGUGCUGGCUGGGAUCCUGUGACAGGUUGGGGAACACCCAACUUCCCAGCUCUGCUGAAGACACUGCUCAACCCUUGACCUUCCCUGGCAGGGCAACCUGUCCCCUGCCCUGUAGCUAUUGGUUCAGUCCCUUAUUCUGCCCCAUUGCAAGCUCUGCUGAACCCUCAACUGUUGACUGCUGCAGACGGAUUAUCUCCCAGACCCGGAAAUGCUGUGAGCUUGAUUUGACUCCCAACCCUAUCAUGCUCCAUCACACUCAGGUCUCCCUACUCCUGCUCAGGUUCCUCAACAAGAUGGUAUAACUAACAUUUUUGGCUACCCCUUCCCCCCAUCUUACCUUAUUCUUUUCAAUCAGGCUUUUCCAAAGGAUUCUCUACACUGACCAUGUGUACUAUUUCACUUUAUGUUCACUUCUCAAUUCACUGCAAUGAGACCCCUGCUCUCCCCUGUUGCUGUUUCCUACCCUGACACCAAGAAACAAUAGCCCCCAGUGCACACUUCUCAAUCUUUGCUUUAUGGCCUUUCCAUCACAGUUGUCUACCCGCUCUCCUUCCUUAGCUUCCAGGGCUUAGCUUCUCUUAUCACUCCUAUCUUCCUCCUUCAUAGACUUCUUUCUCUGCUUCCUCCUGGAAUACUGGUUGUUCUCCAUUGCUCCAUCCUUAGUCUUUUCCUCUUCUCCCUUUAAUCAUUGUUCCCUGGAACAAAUCACUGACAUCCACAGCCAUCACCACCUCACUGAAUCAGACUUUCUAACCAAUAGUGAUAGAUACCUCAAAUAUAAGAUGUGUGAUACUUAACACUUCAUCUUUCUCCUUCCGAAGCCCAAGAUAUUCCACCUCGUUUUGUCUUGGCAAAUGAUAGGAUGCCAAGCCAAAGGUAACCAAGCCAGAAACUUAUAUCAUCCUUGACUCCCAUUUAUCUUAUCAAUCCACAAGUCCUUUAAUUAUAUUUCCUAAGUAUAUCUAGAACUUCUCCACUUCUCUCCAUCCCUACUGCUAUUACAUUAGUUUAAAGCCAUAUUCUCUCUCAUCUGAAUUAUAGGAGGCCCUUGCAAAAACAGUGUUCUUACUCCCUACCAGUCCCUAAGCCAUCUUCCAGAGUAAAAUGCAAAUCCCAUCAGGCCAUUUACUUGAUUAAAAACCUUCAAAUAUUAACCCAGUAAUCUUUGGAUUAAAGAUCAGGCUUUUUUUAAAAAAAAAAAUUAUGGUUCACUUUCCUUGCUAUUUAUUCCUGAGUAACUAAUUAUUUUUCCUCUCCCAUCCCUAACAUUCAAGAAACUCUCACCCUUGCUGUCCAUUUAACACCAUCACUGAUACAACUGCCUGGUUGAUUUCCAGGAUUCUUUCAAGACUUAGCUGAGAAGUCAUCUCUUGUGAACGUUUUUAUUCCCUGAGAUUAAUUGAUUUAGGUGUGGCAGAAAAAUCCUAGAUUUUCAAAACCAAUCCUCUUUGAAUCUUGAUUGUGAUAUAGACUAGGAGAGAGCCUUGAGCAAAUAAGUUUAUCUCCGUGAGCCUGUUUCCUCAUCUGUUAAAUGGGAAUUUCAGUGCCUGCCUUUCAUAAUAAUCAGGGAAUAAUGUUGGUAGAGUGCCUGACAUUUGGAAGUAGGCAGAUGUUAGUUCCCAUACUCCCUUGCACUGCACACCCCGUGCCUACCUCUAGCAUUUGUAAUGACAAUGUAGUAUUGAAAUUGCCAGUUUACUUGUUUGCCUCCCUUUCCAAGACCAUCGGUGCCUAGAGGACUAGAAUCUUGUCCUACUUAACUUUGUAUUCCCAGGCCCUAGCUCAAGAGUUGGCAAAUAAUAAUUAAAUAAAUGUCUGAAUAGAAAACCUCACGCCUUUCACUCGCAGUGAUAUUUGCAGGUUGUUUACUCUGGCCAAAAUCCCGCCCCCUCCACGCUGUGUGCCACCCUUCUGCUGCCCUCACCUCUCGGGGCAGUUGGCCCGGAGGGGGGCUUUCCGAAUCAACUAUAAACCCCUAAAAGGGUAAAUAAGGGAACCAGAAAGAAUGCAGACUGAUAGGCAAUCCGUAAUCAAGGCAUGUCGGACCGAUGAGCCCCAAAGCAAGGCCUUUGAGCAUCAGGCUGAAUGAGGUGUCUCAGACCCACAGAGGAGUCCCAGACGUGCCCACCGCGGCGGAAUCCCAAAGGAGCACUGGGGGAGGGCGGAAUGGCGACGGCAGCGCAGUUCCUCAGGGCUUGGUCUCCGCCCUUCAGUCUGUUUCAUCCAACUGGUAUCCACAAGAGGCGGGAAGCAGGAAUGAGAGAGCUAACGCUGGGACGGGCGGGGCGAGUCAAGGAGCGCGUGACGUCACCCGGGUGUGCGUAACGUGGGCGGAAGCGGAAGCGGCUCUGUUCGCCGCCUCUCCCACCGGCCCGAUGAGCUGCAGCGGCUCCGGCGCGGACCCCGAACCGGCGCCGGCCUCCGCCGCUUCGGCCCCGGGCCCAGCGCCCCCGGUGUCGGCUCCCACCGCGCUGCCCGCCAGUACCGCCGCAGAAAACAAGGCCAGCCCCGCGGGGACAGCGGGGGGACCUGGGGCUGGAGCCACGGCUGGGGGCACGGGACCAUUGGCGGCGCGGGCCGGGGAGCCAGCCGAGCGGCGCGGGGCGGCUCCGGUGUCGGCGGGCGGCGCGGCGCCCCCAGAGGGGCCCAUGUCUAACGGGGUUUACGUACUGCCCAGCGCGGCCAACGGAGACGUGAAGCCAGUGGUGUCCAGCACGCCUCUGGUGGACUUCUUAAUGCAGCUUGAGGAUUACACGCCUACGAUCCCUGAUGCAGUGACUGGUUACUAUCUGAACCGUGCUGGCUUUGAGGCUUCAGACCCACGCAUAAUUCGGCUCAUCUCCCUAGCUGCCCAGAAAUUCAUCUCAGAUAUUGCCAACGAUGCCCUACAGCACUGCAAAAUGAAGGGCACAGCCUCUGGCAGCUCCCGGAGCAAGAGCAAGGACCGCAAGUACACUCUAA